AUGGAAACUUGGGAAUUCUCUGUUGCUUUGUAUAUGAUCUACUUGUGGCCAAACUCUCUGCUUCUCGCAGCGAUUUACGGUGCCAUAGAAUCUGGUUCUACCGCGAUUUUCGGCCCCAUUGUAGGCCAAUGGAUCGAGGGAGUGGACUAUGUUAAGGUUCUUAAACUCUGGCUCAUCUCUCAGAACCUCUCCUACAUUGUUGCUGGUGGAGCAGUUGUCAAACUGUUGCUAGUUUCCGAUCUCAAGUCCCAAAAUUUACCCGUUUUCGCAAUCUUGGUUGUGUUGACAAAUAUUGCUGGUGCCAUAGGGGUACUUUCAACUCUUGGUGGCACCAUUUUGAUUGAAAGAGACUGGGUUGUGGUUAUGUCGGAAGGUCAUCCACCAGAAGUAUUGACAAGAAUGAAUUCUGUCAUUAGAGGCAUUGAUUUGAGCUCGAAGCUACUUUCUCCAGUUAUCACCGGUCUUAUCAUCAGUUUUGUCUCUCUGAAGGCGUCAGCGAUUACUUUUGCAGCUUGGGCUACUAUAACCGUUUGGAUCGAAUAUUGGCUCUUCAUAUCUGUAUAUAGCGGUGUUCCUGCGAUAGCACGAAGCAAUGAGAGACGGAUCUUGCGUUCCUGGACAAGGCCAAUAGAAGGAACAGAUGCACCUGUUUCUGUUUCUAUUGUUCCAGGAAGAGAGGAGGGUUCUCAUGGACACACACCGUGUAGAACCGGAGUGCUGAAGAUUCUGGAUCGAAUAUCCGAGUCCUCGUUUGUUGGCGCGUGGAGAAUUUAUUUCAGUCAAGAAGUUGUACUCCCCGGGGUUUCUCUUGCUCUCUUGUUCUUCACUGUCCUCAGCUUUGGAACAUUGAUGACCGCUACAUUGCAAUGGGAAGGGAUACCUACAUAUAUAAUCGGUAUAGGCAGGGGAAUAAGUGCCACGGUUGGACUAGCAGCGACAAUUGUGUAUCCUCUAAUGCAAUCCCGUCUCUCAACGCUAAGAACCGGCAUCUGGUCCUUCUGGUCUCAGUGGAGCUGUCUUUUGGUAUGCGUGGGAUCGAUAUGGGUGAAAAAGGAUAAAAUAGCAUCUUACAUGCUAAUGGCUGGAGUUGCUGCUUCUAGGCUUGGCUUGUGGAUGUUUGAUCUUGCUGUCACUCAACAAAUGCAGGACCUCGUUUCGGAAUCUGACCGUUGUGUGGUUGGAGGUGUACAAAACUCGUUGCAAUCGGCUCUUGACUUGAUGGGAUAUCUAUUGGGUAUCAUUGUAUCCAAUCCAAAGGAUUUCUGGAUAUUGACGAUGAUCUCAUUCUCGACGGUUUCAUUAGCAGGAUUACUCUAUACAAUUCAUCUCUACCGCAUCCGAAACCAUAUCUUUCACUUUGAGAAGAUACCUCUAUUCAACAAAUGUUAA